UGUCUGUACACUACGAUAAUAUUAUUAUUUUUUAAUUUUUGAUCUUUUUUUCUAUUACUUAUAUUUCUUACCAUAAUAUUAUACCUAGUUUCGGGUUUAUCAAAGGCAUAGUACAAAAUACAAGAAAGAGAAAUUUAAAAAAAAAAUAUUCGUUAACAUACUAAUAUUUAUUAAUUUUUCUAUUGAUUUUACUUUUUUACAAUAGUGAUUAACUGUGAAGUGUAAAGUAUUUAAAAUCAAACUAUUAUCAUUCUAUUGUGUGAUAUUGUUUUUGAAAUUAACACUAAGUUUGCUUUUUCAGGUCCUUUGGGUAGCCUUUUCAGCGGCGUUUGUCAUUAACGUGUCACAAUGAAAUUCAAAUUCUGUGGGGGUGGUGACUGCCCAGAAUGGUUAUUGGUUCAGAUUAAUGCACUAUCAAGAAUGACAUCGAUUAAUAUGAAACUGUUAGCCCAGUGCACGGUUAAUUCAUUGCUUGGAGAACCAUUCAACCUUGAAAAAGCUAAGGAGCUUAUGGAUGAUUCUAAACUGGAUGUUGAAAACUGUAAAGCAUGUGUAGCUGCAAUCACUUAUAUUCUAAAAAAUGCUGCCUGCCAUGCCGUCCCACGAAAUUAUCUGUCUAACGAAUUACAACAAAUUGGUUUACCCCAUGAACAUACUUCAGAGCUAUGCAGAAUAUACUUGGACAACUUAUCACAAAUAACUAAAAUAUUGAAGCAUGAAUCUUUGAAAAUUGGUCGUUUAAAUGAUGUUGAUAUAUCUAAAGGAAAUAAUGGCGAAUAUGUUAUGAAAUUAAAUUAUAAUAAUUCAUCUACAUUUUCUGAAGAAAAUAAAUUCACGUUAACCAAGGAACAAAUUCAACUUUUAAUUGCUGAGUUUGACGAAGUUAGCAAUCAAAUGAAUGAACUUGCUCAAGAAUGCAAAGAAUAAAAACUUUCAAAUAAUUCAUCUAUAGUAUGCAAAACUAAUUAAUAGCUAUGACUACAAGUUACAACAUAUUAUUGUCAUAAUUUAAAAAAUACAAUAACAUUUUAAUAAAUAA